AUGAAGAUGCAUCAUUACCUCCGCCAGUGGGGCCUCAACGUCAAGAAAAAUCAUGCUUUCCUUCGUGGUACGAUACAACAAAUGAUCAGGUACACCUUCGCAACCAUGCGGAACAAGUCCUCGAACAAGGUUGCCAAGCGCAGUGGUGGACGCUGUGACGUUCACCAGGAUCAAGUCAUAUGGCUCGGAACCCAUGCAUUCUACACCGUCCUGUCUCGAAAGCCAAAGACCCAUUGCCAGCUUAUCAAGUGGCUGAAGCUGGAAUUGUCGCGACCUCGGAAUCGUCGCCUUCGCAAGAGCUUCCGAGGUAUCGCGAAGGAUGGACUCGCAACCUUGAGCGCACUCGCUUUCUGA